AUGGCAUCUCGCCGCCGCAUGCUAUUGAAGGUCAUAAUCCUCGGAGAUAGCGGGGUUGGUAAAACAUCACUGAUGAAUCAGUAUGUGAAUCGUAAAUUUAGUAAUCAAUAUAAGGCAACCAUUGGUGCAGAUUUUCUUACCAAGGAGGUUCAAUUUGAAGAUAGGUUGUUCACAUUACAGAUUUGGGAUACUGCUGGUCAAGAGCGGUUUCAGAGUCUUGGUGUGGCUUUCUACCGUGGUGCAGACUGCUGUGUACUUGUUUAUGAUGUAAAUGUCAUGAAAUCCUUUGACAACCUUAACCACUGGCGAGAAGAAUUUCUUAUUCAGGCUAGUCCAUCUGAUCCUGAAAACUUCCCAUUUGUUGUAUUGGGAAACAAAAUAGACGUUGAUGGUGGAAAUAGCAGAGUUAUUUCUGAGAAGAAAGCAAAGGCGUGGUGUGCUUCAAAGGGAAACAUACCAUACUUUGAGACCUCUGCAAAAGAAGGAUUUAAUGUUGAAGCUGCUUUCCAGUGCAUAGCAAAAAAUGCGCUGAAGAAUGAACCCGAAGAAGAAAUGUACCUGCCUGACACAAUUGAUGUUGGUGGUGGUGGUGGACGACAACAGAGAUCUACUGGAUGUGAAUGUUGA